UGACAGAGCAGGACACAAGCAGAGGAGGAUGUCAGAGUCACAGUUGACAGUGAUGGAUUUAUGGAAGGAUUUUUCAGAAGGGUGGAAGAGGUUAGGGGGCUCAUUGAUAAGAUAUCUUCUGAAGUGGAGGAGGUGAGGAAGAAACACAGCAUGAUCCUGUCUGCACCCAGUACAGAUGAGAGUAAGUUGAUGCCCAUCAAUCAGAACCCUCUGUCAUAAAGAUAGUGUAAUAACAUUAGCCAUACUGGUGACUAUACCUCCACUACAAAAAUAUGCAAUUUCAAGUCUUGAAUUCAAAACUUUUGCAUGACUAAAUAUAGGCUUGGUAUUUGUGUUGUCACUUCUGAAGUUGUAAUAACAACAAUAUAACAAACGCUCUUACUUCCUCUAACAUCAUUGUCCAGCGUAACAAACAACACACGACACAAUACAAAUAGAUGGCUGGGUGUCCAGAAACCUGUGUAGGAAACCAUGUCAUGGCCCUGUGGGUGUGCUCUGACUAAACCUUCUAGAAUGGUAAUUUUACUGGGGGAUAGGUUGUCUACUGCUGGGAGGUUAUGCAUUGGUAGGUAGCCUGUAUGUAUGUGGCGUACAGUGACCGCCUUAACUUCAGCGCCUAUGCCGAACAACCUGUUUUAUACAAAAUAGAAUUUGGAAACGUGAAAUGAGAGUGUGUGUUUGUGUGUGUGUGUGUGUGUGUGUGUGUGUGUGUGCGAGUGCAUGUGGGUAUGCUUCUCACACUGACGCUGUGUUGCUGUGCAGCUGUGCUUGUUCAGAGUUGAUCCACUGUGGAGACUGAAUAGGCACAAGGAGCUGAUCAAGACCUGCAUGGAAAAAGGCCCUCAGUUGACUCUAUAAUGCCACAGAGCAGCAUCAACUAUUACCAGCAGAGUAACACAGUAUCAACCAUCUGCUAUAUAAUAAUACUAACUGGGAAUGGCCCAAGAGUUUGGGGCAAAUAUUUGUUGGCCCACAAAUCCAGUGAUAAGGUGUCUAAUGGUUACUACGGACAAAGAGAUGAAAGAUGAACUUGACCGGUUGACCAAUGAGAUCAAAAGCGAUGCCAACUCUGUGAGAGUUAAGCUUAAAUCUAUGGAGCAGAGCCUGCCCAAGGAUGAUGUUUCUAACAGGGCCUCGGUUGAUUUCCGCAUUCAGAAAACCCAGCACACGGUGCUCUCCAGGAAAUUUGCGGAAGUCAUGAGUCAGUACAACAAGACUCAAGUGUCGUUUAGGGAGAGAAGCAAAGGAAGGAUCCAGAGACAGCUGGAGAUAACUGGGAGAGUGACUAGCAAUGAGGAACUGGAGGACAUGCUGGAGAGUGGCAACCCAUCCAUUUUCACAUCUGAUAUCAUCUCUGACUCUCAGAUCACGCGGCAGGCCUUGAAUGAGAUUGUGUCACGGCACCAGGAUAUCAUCCGCCUGGAGUCCAGCAUCAGGGAGCUCCAUGCCAUGUUUAUGGACAUGGCCAUGCUGGUGGAGAAUCAGGGGGAUAUGGUCAACAACAUAGAGAACAACGUCUCCAAUGCAGCUGAAUACAUAGGCCGUGCCAAAGAGGAGACCAAAAAAGCUGUGAGAUACCAGAAAAAAUCCCGGAGGAAACUCAUCCUCCUUGCCUUUGCUCUAUUGAUCCUGCUUGCUGUCAUUGCACUAAUUGUUGGCCUGUCUGUUGGACUAACCAAAUCCCCUGUAUGAGCCCUGUCCUGCUAUCUGUCUGGGAAGUUGUUCUGGCUUGCCAUUUGUGUGGCACUGGCUCUCCUCAUAGUCAUCAUAAUAGCAACAAUAUUUGACUGACCAUUGAGAGGCCCCACUGUUCAGAACAGCAGAUGAGUCUACAGCAGUUUCUCACACCUUUGGGGCCAAGUUCCAGUCAUCAUACCCUGCUCAAUGUUCAACUACUCCUCCAAUACCAAGACGGGCAUUUCACUUCUCAGAGGACAAUAGAUUCUGCUGUAUCCACCAUGUUAUUACAAUAUUACACCUCUUGACUGCGUAUAAUGGCUGAGUCAGUGGCCUUGGCUUACACAAUUUCACAGAAGCCCUAGGGCUCCUAGGAAAACACUCCCUCUUGCUGCAAUAAUACAGGGUAGCCUUUUUUACUGUCCGUGCAAGUAACUAGAAUGAAGUCUCUACAGGACUGCCAUAGGCUACAUGUCAACAAUGACUACCAUUUCAAACUACAUAGACACACACAGACUCACCUCUACUGCUGCCAUAAAGGCUAAUAACACGUUACAUGGUAAGUAGAGAGAUGUCACUUUCAAACUUUACUGAGCAGAAUGAUUUUUAUCUACACCAUAAUUUAGACGCUUUAAAGCAAUUCAUUUCUAGCUCUGUGUUAAAAUAUCAACUUCAGUUUUAGUAAUUUUGUACAAUUUAGUGUAACAAUCAGAACAAGAUGAUUUCAUACAGCUUAGGUGUAAUGUUUUUUCCUUGUGAUGAUCAUGACUAAAUGUGCCUUAAGAGAACCGAACACCAUAAUACUUAAGUGUACUAAUUAAUACACUCCCAAUGAAAACUUUGAUUGGAAACCAUUUCACAGGUACCGUCUAGCCACUCUACACAAAAAGUUGAUAUCUCCUUUUCCUGGCCCUGGCAGAACGAACGGCAAUCUCAAACACCAUGUCUGAAACAGAAUUCAAGCCUCUGCUCAUCCGUAACCAGAAAACUUCAGAGUUAUCACCAAAAUGUUACAAAAAAAGAAUACGUCUCAGAUCGUCAUACAGGUCAAUAAAACACUAAAUGGAUUUUGUCUCGAGAUCACACAGUAUGAAAUCAUCUUAGCAAAUGCUCUCCUCUUCAGGCACUCUGUUAAAUCUACCUGACUCUAUAUCCAGAGGGAGGGUUUUGAGUUGUGCACAAACUGACCUUUGGCUUUUUGUUAGGUUUAGGCGGACAAAUGAUUCAGGGGUGUCGUUCUCUUUGAUGAGAGUGUAUGUUUAGGUUUAAACCAAUCAUCAACUGCCCAUUUUUCCUUGUGGAUCAGCAAAAGCCUGUCCUUGAUUUGGUUAACACUACAUGGUAAUUUGUUCCUGAUUUGUUCCUUUGUAUGAACAGAUUGUUUGUAAUACACACUCCUGAGAUCUUUGUCUCCUGAGUGUGGCGCUUUUGAUACAUAGGUCAUUUUGUUGUAAGAUCAUCUCUGCACAACAUUGAGUCAGAUCUUUCUGCAGUUGAUACAGCUGGAAUAUUGUGUAGAUAAACAAUAAAUAUGUAUGUGAAUUAUCA